GAACUCCUGGGUCCCUGGUGAGGAUGGGCCAAAGGGACUGAUUCCCGGGGUCCUCGGGGAGGAGGGGGCCGGGGGCCCGCAUUCCUGGGUCCUGGCACCCACCCGUAGAACCGACCUUGCGGGGCCUUCGCCGCACACAAGCUCGUGUCUGUGGGUCCGUGUCGGGGGCUCACCAUCGCAGCGGGGGCCUCCCCGGCCCUCCCCACCCUCCCUGGCCCUGGGGGAGGGAUCCCCCCUCCCGCGUCUGUCCGUCCAUCCGUCUGUCUGUCCACCUGCCGCGCCCCCCGGGCUGAGGUAGGAGGUUGUAUAGUUGAGGAGGACACCCACGGAGAUCACUAUACGGCCUCCUAGCUUUCCCCAGGCUGCGCCCUGCACGGGACGCCCACCCGGCGGGGACCACCCCCCCCCCCCAGCCCCUGCCCCACCCCGCUGGGCUCCUGGGGGGCUGCCUGCCUGCCUGCCGCAGGGACCCUGGGAGGAGGAGCAGCAGCAGCAGCGAGCAGGGCUGCCUCUCCGGUCCCUGUUCCUUCGUUUCCUCCUCCCCUUCCCGCUAAGACUUUCCCCUCCAGAGCCCGCCCUGUCUGCUUUCUCUGUCUCCCAUCGCGGCUGUGUCCUGCGCUUCCCUUGUGUCUGCACAGUGGCCUCGGCCUCUCCAUCUCUCUCUCAUUGUGCGUUCUGGUGUCUCCCCGUGUCUGAGUUUCCAUCUGGGGCGCUCACAUCUCUCUCUGAUUCACCCGCACACACCACGCGCCCCGACCCCCGGGGCCUGUCGGGCCACCGCACACCAUACUGCCGGCCUCUGGGUCCCUGAGACCCUUUAACCUGUGAGGACGUCCAGGAUCACAGGUGAGGUUCUUGGGAGCCUGGCAUCCGGCCCAACCACAGCCUGAAGGUUGCAGGCCCGACACCUGACCCCUGACCCCUCUCUGCUUCCUCCCUGCAACCCCAAGCCUGACAUUUGACCCGCAAAAAGAAAUCCGGCCUCUGACCUCAGACCACAGGCCCCUCCCCUGUCCCACAGUGACCUCACAAAGGUCACCGGCUUCUUCCCAGGCGGAGCCCCCUCUGCGAUGGCCCAGCUGGCUGCAGGCAGCGCUGUGCCCUGCGCCCUGGUGGCCCUCACGGUCUUGGGGGCCCCCGCCUGGGCCUGUCUCCUGUGCUUCACAUCCUACAGCGAGCGCAUCCGCAUCUGCCAGACCUUCGUGGGGGUGGCGGGCCCGAAAGUGGAGAAGUGUGAGAAGGCGCUCGAGGCUGCCUUUGAGGGCCUUCUGGACACUGAAAUCAAUUACGAUGAGAGAAGCCACCUGCAUGACUCCUUCACCCAGAUGACUCUCUCCCUCCAAGAGAUAGCCACCGCUCAGGGGUCCUAUGAGGUUGCCUUCCCUUACGCUGCAGAGAAAAUGCGGGAGGCCAUUGCGCAGCUUAAAGAAGUUCAGGCCUGCAUCCCUCCCUGCGGGGUGCAGGAGCUCUCCCGGCGUUUCCGCUGCCGCGGGUGCUACUCCAAGGUCUGCGACCUCCCGCUGGACUGCCCAGUUCAGGACGUGACGGUGAGACGGGGCGAUCAGGCCCUGUUCUCCUGCACCGUGAACUUCCAGCUGCCCAAGGAGGAGAUCACCUAUUCCUGGAAGUUCGCAGAAGGGGGUGUGCGGACUCGGGACACGUCCUACUUCCGAGAUAUGCCGCGGGCGCACGGGUACCUGGCGCGGAUCCGGCCAGUGCAGCCCACGCACCGCGGGACCUUCUCCUGCGUGAUCACGCACGACCAGCUCCCCCUGGCGCGACUCUACUUCUUUCUGAACGUGACGGGCCCUCCCCCGCGCGGGGAGACCGAGCUCCAGGUCGCCUUUCGGGAAGUGCUUCGCUGGGCGCCGCGAGAGGCGGAGGGGGUCGAGCCCUGGAGGCCCAGCCUGGGCGAGCUGCUGGCCAAGCCGGGGGCUCUGACGCUCAGCAACCUGGGCCUGCUCGCGGCCGCCGCCGCCUUAGCCUCAGCCGGUGUGACCCUGCUGGCGUGGAUGUUCUUUCGAUGGUACUUCAGUGGCAACUAACAAAGGUAUCUUUCUGUUCCCUAUCCUGUUUCCAUCCCUUAAAUAAAGAAGAUAUUUGAACGCUA